AUGAGCAGCAACCCCCGAGCCACUUUGGCGCCUUUUUCGCCGUUGUGCGUGUUUCUCGACCCGAAGCGAGGAGGCACCGCAGAUUCACUGCUCGGCACAAUGCCGCUGCGGCGAAGGCGCUGCGGAUUCGUGCAAGGGGCAAACUUCAGCGGGGAAAGCUCCUCUUACGGAUCGGAUGACUUCAUUGUCGACGACAGCGACGCGACUGCUAGCGAGCCUUUUCAAGACACUACGGGAGGUGCCUGGAGGCGGAUUGAAGACAGAUUGCCGUCAUACGGGUGCAAAAGUGGGACCAUAUCCAGUGGUGGGAAGAAAACACCUGCAUCAAAGCGAAAGGGCAGGCAUUUACAGAAAUGUGGACAGCAUGUGGAAGACAGUCUUGAAGACUCCAUCGGAGAGGUUGUUGACGUCUCACCACGGCGAAAACGGCGUGCAAUACUGGACGACUUUGAAGAUGAAGAUGCUGAAGUUGCUGUAGGCACAGUUGCUCUGGAAAGCAAACAAGCACAAUCGGGGGGGCGCAAUCUCCGGCCACGAACUGGAAGAAACAAACGGCAGGGCACAAAUGCACAACUGAGCAAGGAUGAGAAGGGAUAUGGCUACACUCCCAAAAAGGCAACCCAGCAGGUGGCCAGUGAGUUUGGCAGCCAUGCAUCGCAAUACAAUCUGAGGAGCCACAAGAAAAGGAGCUGGGACAACCUAAUCGGAAGUCAGACAAAUGGCACAAGAAAUACUGAUGCGUUCAGGAGUGACCAGGCACCAUCAUCUCCAGUGGAUGAGGUGACCAGCGGCCAAGAGCUGAAAGAGGAUCUGCCCAGUCGCUCGCGGAAGGUCUUUGGUGAUGCAGGAGGUGAUGGCUGUGACACACCAUUGGAACCUCCUUGUGUGAGAGAGGAGGAGAAAUGCCAGUUGGGGACAGAGAAUGCAGGUGUUGGAAGCAAAGCUGGCCAUCGAGGGGUAGGUAGGAAGCGAAAACUGGUAUCUGCAGGAAAUGCAGCUGUUCUCAAGGAGAGCUCACUUGAAGAUGACUUGCGCCGACCCUGUUGCGGGCAAAGUUCGGAUGUAGGAUUGCAUUGUUUGUCUGAGGAACAAGCUCACAAGCAUCUACAGACCAGAAAGCAGUGCAUUGAGCUGACGGAUUCUGAAGAAGAUGCAGGCUGCCUGGAUUUGGGAAGUGCCGGUGUUGAAGAAAACACGUCCUGUGCCGUUGCACCAGCAAAGCCAAGGAGGCAUGCAAAGUCUGCACCCAGGACCAUAGGGUUCCUGGAGCGUAUCGCUCAACAUCGGACACAAGUUCUGCACUCAUCCACAAGCCCAUCAGAUUCCAAUGAUGGUGGAGAGGUUGGUUGUAAUGUUUUCCCAUCGCUCUUGUGCUGGCCAUUUCAGCCUUGUGUGCAUUGUGAUCUUGACAUAAUGUAUGAAUGA